ACCUGUGUGGAUCAGACCAUCUCGUCCCAUGAUUGCCUACCAAACGACUGUUGGGGUUACUAUGUGUUAGUUAGUCCAAAGUUCAAAACAUCUAACUAUCUUCCACUUAUUUAUCAGUCACUGACAGAAGAUGUGGCUGCUCCGAGAAAAGAAAGUUGUCAACAUGCUGGCUUAUUUUCUAGCUGUUUGCCUGUGUGGAAUAGCAUUUACGAAGGCUGAAGAAGGUCAGUGUGUUUGGUAUGGAGAAUGUAAGUCUACAAAACCAGGGAUGAUUAAUUGUCUGUACGAGGGACCAUCAAAGGUGAUGACAGAUCCGGAGGGCCUGGAUAUUCUGCGUACCUACUGUCCUGAUCUUGUUACAGGUAACGAGACAAAAACCUGUUGUGAUGUUGAUCAACUACGUACAUUACAAUCUAACAUGGGACUUCCUCAACAGUUCUUCCUCCGAUGUCCGUCAUGUUACAACAAUUUCCUCAACCUGUACUGCUACUUGACCUGUGGUCCUCACCAAAGCCGAUUUAUGGAGGUGAAUGGAACUGUUCCCUCCGCCAAAGGCACAGCUGUUAAAGCAGUAACAUACUAUCUGACAGAUGAAUAUGCUCAAGGAAUGUUCAACUCGUGCAAAGAUGUCCAAAUGCCAUCAGCCAAUGAGAAAGCUCUCAGUGUUUUCUGCGGAAGACCAGCAGAAGAAUGCAGUGCAGAAGCUUGGCUCACCUAUAUGGGCUCAAUAGAUAAUGGUCACACCCCAUUUGGAAUUGAUUUUGUCAUCGGGGAUAGAAAUGUCACAACAUCAAAUGGAACAUACGUUCCUAUGAACUACACAAUCACUCCAUGUGACAAGCGUUAUAAGAAUAAAACUGCAUGCAGUUGUCAGGAUUGUGAAACAUCUUGUGCCCCCAUUCCUCCAAUUCCGCCUCCACCAAAACCGUGCACAAUCCUCCAUAUCGACUGCUACUACUUUGCUUUUGCCAUCAUCUUUCUGGUCUUCAAUCUUUUCUUCUACAUUUACGUAAUUUGCUACAAUGUCAUGAUUCGGAACUCCUUGGGUGUUAUGGAUUCUUCAUACUCCCAUCUGGGAAGCGAUGAUGAAGAAUACUCAAGUGUCCUCUGUGUAAAUGGUGAUGGCAAAAAGAAACGUAGAAGUGGAUCACAAAACCAGAAGUCUAGUAUUCCAAAAAUAUCCCAUGCAGAUAUCAGUUGCCUGGAGAAAACCGGAUCCUGGAUGGAAACCGUUUUGGAAAACUUUUUUUGUUCUUGGGGUACAUUUUGUUCAAAACAUCCGAUUCUGAUACUAGUGGUUGGUUUAGUUAUAGCUGCCGCUUUGUCUGCUGGGAUUUCCAUCUUCCAAGUGACCACUGAUCCUGUUAAGCUAUGGUCAGCCAAGGACAGUCGUGCUCGGACAGAACGGGACUACUUCAAUUCUCAUUUUGGGCCAUUCUACAGAACCGAGCAGCUGAUUAUAACUCGCCCCCACAACAACACUUUUGUUCCACAUACUUUGCCUCCCCCAUCAGAAAAAAUUGUCAAUUACACCAGCUUAUUUGACAAGGAGUUUCUACACAUGACAUUAGACCUGCAGCUGGCCAUUGAAAACAUCACUGCUGAAUACAAUGGCAAAACAGUGACUUUGAAAGACAUCUGCUUCCAGCCCCUGGCUCCAGACAACACAAAAUGCACAAUCCAAAGCAUUUUACAGUACUACCAAAAUGACCAUAAAAACAUAGAUAAAGUAAAGAAAGGGCAAUAUGGAUUCUUUACGGUGGCUGACUACCUUGACCAUCUCAGUUACUGUAUGCAGGCCCCAGCUUCGACACAAGACACUGUUGGAUUAAAUAUGAGCUGUCUGGCAGAGAGUGGUCAACCAAUCUUUCCUUGGAUAUCACUGGGAGGGUUUGAUGGAAAAAAUUACAACUCUUCUGAGGCCCUGGUAAUCACAUUCGUUGUCAAUAAUCACCUGGAUGAAGAUAUGAAUAAGAAAGCUGAAGCAUGGGAAAAAGCAUUUAUUGAAUUUAUGAAGUCCUUCUCCAGUCCCAACAUGACGGUGUCUUAUUCUUCUGAGCGUUCAAUCGAGGAUGAGAUUAAUCGAGAGAGUAGCUCUGACGUGCUGACCAUCCUGGCCUCCUAUCUCAUCAUGUUUGGCUAUAUCGCACUAACACUGGGCCAGUACAGAGACUGUGUUGAAUGCUCUCUUCCCAAUCUUGUGGUGGAUUCCAAGAUUACCCUGGGUUUGUCCGGAGUACUGAUUGUCCUGCUCUCGGUAUCCUCCUCGCUUGGUCUGUUCAGUUACUGUGGGGUGGCUGCCACGCUCAUCAUUAUCGAGGUCGUCCCUUUCCUGGUUCUGGCUGUUGGUGUAGACAACAUCUUUAUAUUGGUACAGACAUUCCAGAGAGACAAACAACGACCAGGUGAAAGUGUUGAAGAGCAGAUUGGAAGAAUAUUGGGAAAAGUAGGACCCAGCAUGAUGUUGUCAAGUUUUUCAGAAUCCAUUGCUUUCUUCCUAGGUGCCUUGACCAACAUGCCUGCUGUAAGGGUUUUCUCCCUUUAUGCAGCUCUGGCUGUCCUGAUUGAUUUCCUGUUACAGAUUACAGUAUUUAUUGCUCUCAUGACAAUGGAUGCCAAGAGACAAAGGGAUAACAGACUGGAUAUGUGUUGCUUUGUCAAAAUGGGCAAUCAGAAAUCACAGGAUGGAAAUUAUGAAGGAUUGCUGUACAAAUUUGUCAAGGAGUAUUAUUCUCAUUUUCUGCUGAAGGAGUGGGUGAGACCGAUAGUGAUGACAAUAUUUGUGCUGUACUUUUGUAUCAGUGGAGCUGUAGUUAAUAAACUAGGCAUUGGUUUAGACCAGAAACUCUCUAUGCCAGAUGAUUCCUAUGUGCUGGACUACUUUAAGAACCUUAGUGCCUACUUACACACGGGAGCUCCGGUUUAUUUUGUUGUGGAGGAUGGACUGGAUUACAGAACUCUGGAAGGACAGAAUGCAAUUUGUGGGGGAAAUGGAUGUCCACAAAAUUCUCUUUGCGGCCAAUUAUUUACAGCAUCCCUGCAGGCAAAGUACACAAAGAUAGCACAGCCCACAUCUUCAUGGUUAGACGACUAUCUCAGCUGGCUGUCCCCAGGAGGAGACCCUCCAUGUUGUAGAGAGAAUGCAGCAUCCCAUAAAUUCUGUCCAUCCACUGACAAUACAUCUACUUGCAUUGGGUGCCCCAUGGGACAGUCAAUUCAUGGAAGACCUAAUGCAAAAGAUUUUAUGAAGUACCUGCCUUGGUUCCUGAAAGACAACCCUGGUGUGAAGUGUGCUAAAGGUGGACAUGCUGCAUAUGGGAGUGGAGUCAAUCUCAUUAGAAAUAAAACAAAUGUUGGAGCUACAUAUUUCAUGACCUACCACACCAUUAUGACUGAGAAUGAGGACUACAUCAGCGGAUUAAAGAUGGCUAGGAAAAUAGCAGACAACAUCACCAGCACCGUGAGGACCAUGCUCAAUAAUGACAAAAUCACUGUAUUCCCAUACAGUGUGUGGUACGUGUUCUACGAGCAGUAUCUGACCAUUGUUAAGGACACUGUGGAGAACCUCUGCAUCUGUAUUGGUGCCAUUUUCAUCGUCACCUUCCUUCUUCUGGGUUUCGACUUCUUCUCAGCCCUCAUGAUCCUGAUCACCAUAGGGAUGGUUGUUAUCGACAUCCUGGGCUUCAUGUACUUCUGGAACAUCACUCUCAAUGCUGUGUCACUGGUCAACUUAGUCAUGGCCAUUGGUAUAUCAGUAGAGUUCUGUGCCCACGUAACCAGGGCCUUUGCAGUCAGUUUACUUCCCACUAGAGUGGACCGGGCACGCGAUUCACUGGCACAUAUGGGGAGCUCUGUUCUGAGUGGCAUAACUCUGACCAAACUGGGAGGAAUAAUUGUACUUGCAUUUUCCAAGUCGCAGCUCUUCCAGGUGUUUUAUUUCCGCAUGUACUUGGCCAUGGUUUUGUAUGGAGCUACACAUGGGUUAAUUUUCUUACCUGUUUUGCUCAGUUAUAUAGGACCUCCGCUGAAUAAGGCAAAAUUAUACAAGCACCAAAAUAAAGACCAGUAUGAAAGUGACAGUAUAAUUGUUCCGAGUGAUAACCGGUCAAAUUAUCAAUCUAUUGGAAGCUGAGAAGUCUGUGAUUAUUCGGUGCAUCAGGGAUAUCACCAUUGUUAUUCAUGUAGGAAUUAUUCUCAUCAGACACAUGUCAGAAGUCUAAAUUGUCUUCUGAGCUGCUGUCGGAACAAAAUCACAGUCCUUGAUUGGAAUAUGUUGUACAUUUUCUCCAUUAUUUUCCACAUUACCGUAUCUGUUCUUGUCCUGAGAUUAUUUAUUGUUUCACGGUGUAUUUCUUAAUUCAUUCAUGUGAUGAAUGUUGAUUUUUCUUUUCUUUUUUUUUUUUUUUUCCUUUUGUUAUACAAAACACAUGUGUAAUAGAACCUUUAAUUCAUUUUUCUGUUGAAGAGGAACCAAUGUUAAGUGAUCCUUCAAGUCUGUAGAAAAACAAAAAUAAGAAUUUGACGUAUUUAGUAUUUUGUAAAAGUAGCAACAUGGUUGAAAGAAUUGUGUGAUUAUCAAUCAAAAUGGUUGUUUUUAUGUUCAGAAUUAGUCUUCUCUGUUUUCUGAACAUGCAUGAAUCACUGCAUAAUCAUUAAUUCAGUUAUUUUUCCUUUGUAUUCAAGGUAUUCAUUGUAUAGCAAAAGGAGAAAUUUUGAAUGAUUUAAAUGAAGAUAAAGGUUUAUUGUUAAAUAAUGAGGAAAGUGAAGGAGAUCAAAUUCACAUGACUUGUAAAUUAUUAGACACCAAUCUUUUUGUAUUUGAGAAAAAUUUUAGUAGGUUAUCCAACCUUGUUAAAAAUAAGAAAAACCAAAUGGCUUAAUAUAUCUGCAGUAAAUAAUUAAUUCUAUUUCAUAUUUUUAUGAAGAGAAAGUUGCGUAACUUUUACCAAGAAAUUUGUAUGAAAAUACAAUUUUUAAAAAAAAAACAAAAAAACAUGAUCUUCCUAUACCCGAGUACCACUGAUCAAAUUUUGCAAAUUCCUAUGGUGGAUUAUUUUUAUUUGAUAAGCCCUUCAAAAUGAUACCAUGUUUCAAAACUGCACCCUCCAUUUAUUAGGUAAGAAAUAUGAUUGUUAUACAUAGAAUACCUCAACUACUGGAUGUAAGUAGAUAUAUAUUUUCAUUAUUCAUAAGAAGUUUUGUCAUUGGAAUUGAACAUAAUGGUUUUCAUUAAUAAAUUUUAAACCAUUCUAUGAUUUCAAAUUUUGCAUUAGAUUUUGCCUAUUUAAAAUUUUGAUAUUCUGAAUACACCAUUAUGUGCUGAUUUAAGCCUUCCCACCAUUAUUUGCAAUGCCAUGAGGAUGAUGUACAUGUAUGUGCAAGUGUUUAUUUAUGAAAAUAUGUAUUGUUUUAUGUUUGCAUACUGUAAUAUUGCUGCUCAAAGAGUGACUAAAGAAAUAAAAUGACUAUAAAUAA